AUGAGGAACGCCGGUGCAGGAUCAAUUCUCGCUGACCAGCGGCCAAUUACGAAGAAUCUGGUCGCACAACUGAUUCAGAAACCUACCACCGAUGUCGACAUCCUAUCCUUUGCAUGCCUUGUCCUCGUGGUGCUCUCGACGUUGGCGUUCUUGAGCAGAAGCUCUUUAUGGCCUCCCAGCGGACGGAGGCGUACAGGAGAUCAGCCCUCCAAGGUCAGUGAAAAGGGCGGCCUAAACAACGCAAGAUGUAUUGUCCAAAAAAUGGAAGACGCGGGCAAGAACUGCGUGGUCUUCUUCGGCUCUCAAACCGGGAACGCGCAAGAUUUUGCCGAAAAGUUGGCCAAAGAAGGGCAUUCCCGGUUCGGUUUGGAGACUAUGGUGGCGGACUUGGAUGAUUAUGACUACGAGACGCUGGUCAACUUCCCCGAUGACAAGGUCGCCAUUUUUGUGUUGUCCUCGUACGGGGAAGGAGAACCGACUGACAACGCCGUUGGAUUCUAUGAAUUUAUCACCGACGAGAAUCCGGCGUUCUCUGAGGAAAAGGACAGACCGCUUCAGGCGAUGAGAUAUGCGGCCUUCGGGCUCGGAAACAGCACCUAUGAGCAUUUCAAUGCAGUAGUCAGAAAGGUAGAUGCCUCGCUUGAACGGCUGGGCGCAAGGCGUGUGGGCAGUGUUGGCGAAGGCGAUGACGCAAAAGGCACAAUGGAGGACGAUUUUUUAUCAUGGAAGGAUAGCAUGUGGGAGUCUCUCUGCGCCGUCAUGAACCUCCAUGAACAGGAAGCGCGAUUCGAGCCGACCUUUGCCGUCUCCGAACAACAGGCUCCAGCGGAAUCCGUUUUCCUCGGAGAGAGGAGCAAAGACGAGCUCCUGGGGACACGCCAGACUCCGCAUGGUCCUCAUCAUCCGUUUGUCGCGAGGAUCGUGGCGUCGCAGGAGUUGUUUAGCGCCAAAGAUCGAAACUGCUUGCACAUAGAGAUGGACAUUCGUGAUUCGGGCCUGUCGUACCAAACUGGGGACCAUGUGGCUAUCUGGCCUAUGAAUGCAGACAUAGAGGUUGAUCGGUUUUUGCGAGUCUUUGGAAUCUUGGAAAAGCGGCACACGACCAUUCACAUCUCCACUGUAGAUCCCACUGCUCAUAACUCGUUUCCGACUCCGACAACAUAUGACGCAGCCGUGCGCUACUAUAUGGAGAUUUGUGGCCCGAUAUCAAGGCAGUUUUUGACAACAAUGGCCGAAUUCGCUGCGGACCCGAAACAGAAAGCUGCACUUCUAAAGCUCGGAAAGGACAAGGAUUACUUCUCCGAGAUUAUUAGCAGCAAGUACCUCAAUUUAGCGCAACUGAUUGAGACAAUCAGCCCGGAUAACCCGGUGUGUCCGAUUCCCUUCGCGGUGCUCAUCGAGGGCGUUCGAAAUCUGCAACCCCGGUAUUAUUCAAUUUCCUCUUCAUCGUUGAUUCAGAAAGACUCGGUUGCGAUAACUGCCGUCGUCGAGUCCGUUCAGUUCCCUCAACGGUGGUUCAAGGGCGUCACGACCAACUACCUGCUGGGGCUGAAACAGAAGCAGCAUGGAGAGCAACCACAGCCUCAUGAUCUCCGUUAUGCCAUAUCAGGGCCUCGUGAUAAGUACGAUUUGAGCCUCCCGAUUCACAUCCGGCAUUCCAGCUUCAAACUGCCCGCCGACGUCACCCGGCCCAUAGUCAUGAUCGGACCCGGGACCGGUGUUGCCCCCUUCCGAGCAUUUAUUCAAGAAAGGGCCUCACAGGCCCAAUCCGGCGUCAAGAUUGGCAAGAUGGUCCUAUUCUUCGGUUGUCGCAAAGAAUCCGAAGAUUUCAUCUACAAAACGGAAUGGAAGGUAAGUACAGGAUAUACUCAUACGUUCCGAAACUUUUCCCGUCCACUUGUGCGGAGCUGA